CCACCGCUGCCAAUUUCCCGGCAAGGCAGUUAAUUCGCGCGCCCCUCAAACCCCUCUACCCAAAUAGGAGCAGUUGAAGCGCGCUGUCUCGUGGCCCCUGCCCUUUCUUUUUCCCGGUCCCGGAGUCAAAUCAAAAUUCAUAUAGGGCAGAGAUUCCAAUUUCCCAUUGCUUUCAUUCCAAUCUAAUAUUGGGGGGGACCUCUUUUGCCUCGUUUUCCCAGCACCCAAUCAGCACGGCCCCAAAAAUUCUUACCUUUUCGGAGAAACGAAAGAAAGGUACAAGGCGUCAUUCAAAAUCCCUUCUUGAUUAAGUUUCUGCCCUCGACCCACUAUGCACCUUGCUUCUCUUCUUGCGCCUACCAGAUAAAGUGUGCAGCUUUGGAUGGAAAUCGAAAGUGGGAAUGUAGCUAACGGUCACUGUUCUAGUCUGAUUCUUGCAGCAGGGCUCUGAGGGUUUCUUUUUCCCCUUCGAAAGAGAAAGGAUACCUAGAAUCCCUAUAGUGGCCGAUUGGGUGGUAAUUUCACUCGUCUACCUCUGAUAAGGUCAGUCUUUGUAUCUGUUCUGUUCGUCAUUCCUAAUUCAUGGGUUCUUCGAUUUCUAACGUUCCUCCUAUAUUCGAAAAGUUUGAUUCACGUUUUGGGAAUGGGAAGGGAUGCCCAUUCGAGUAUUGGCUUGUUGACCAAAUUGUGAAAGUGGGCAUUGUAUCUGGGGGGUGUACUAAUUAGUCAAUGCUCCAAGGACGCUGUAAUUAAAUUCCUUGCAUGUCUUAUGUUAGAGAGUGUUGAGUUGCUUGCUUUGGAACUAUCCUUUCCCCACAAUGGCCUCCUGCCGGCUGUUUGGCAGUGUCCUAUUUCUUUAUCGGCGCCUUUACGUUUGUUCUGGUUGAACUCGAAUGGACUUACUGUUGGCAUCUUUAGAUUUGGGAAUACCCUGAAUGGAAUGGAAUGGAAUGGAAUGGAUAAGUUCAUAACUCUGCAUAUGUGGUACUAGGUUCUUCCGAGCAAAGAUGAAUGCUCCAUUGGAGUCUACUUUGUGGGAUAUACUUGGUGUGAUUGAACCUCAGAGGGAUGAUUGGCUGUUUCGGCAAAGAAUCAUUCAAGAAUUACAAGAUGUAGUAAGAACAGUUCCAAGUCUUAGAGGUGCGACUGUGGAGCCAUUUGGAUCAUUUGUGUCCAAUCUAUUCACUCCAUGGGGGGACUUGGAUAUUACUGUUAUGCUAGAUUAUGAUUCUUACAUUUCGUCUGCUGGGAAGAAGAGGAAGUUGUCUUUACUUGGGGAUGUCUUAAGAGCUUUGAAGGAGAAAGGUGGAUGGUGGAGGUUGCAAUUUAUCCCACAUGCAAAAGUUCCUAUUUUGAAAUUUGAGAAAGGACGCCCUGCCAUUUCAGGGGAUAUUUCAAUUGACAACCUUGGGGGCCAGAUGAAGUCCAAAUGCUUGUUCUGGCUCAACCAAAUAGAUGGACGGUUUCGACCAUUGGUGUUACUGGUUAAGGAAUGGGCCAAAACCCAGAACAUCAACAGUCCGAAGUUUGGGACACUUAACUCGUACUCCCUUAGUUUGCUUGUGCUCUUCCAUUUUCAGACGUGUGAGCCAGCAAUCUUUCCUCCACUUCAGGCUAUAUACCCAACAAAUCUUGUUGAUGACCUUACAGGUGUGAGGGAAACUGCUGAAAAAACUAUCGCCGACCUUUUUCAUGCCAACAUAAGAAGAUUUAUAGCAGACAGAUCCAGACCCGUGAACAGAAGUUCGUUGUCUGAGCUUUUUGUUUCCUUUCUAGCAAAGUUUUCAACCAUCAGUCUGAAGGCCCGAGACUUUGGAAUUUCCCCAUUUACAGGGCAAUGGGAAGAGAUAAACAAUAACACAAGAUGGUUUCCCAGGACUUUUGCGCUCUAUGUAGAGGAUCCGUUUGAACAGCCUGCAAAUACUGCAAGGACUGUCAGUGUUAGAAACCUAGACAGAGUACAGGAAGUGAUUCAGAGAACCCAACUUACCAUUUUGUCCCCCAAUCUGACUUGGAUCGAUCUUCAUCAGUUGCUGGUGAAGCCGGAGCUGAGUCGGGUGAUCCUGUUUAGAAAGCAGAACCAGAAUAGUAGUGGGCAAAUGAUGCAUCCUCUUCCACAGCAGCAGCUGCCGCAGACAAGGAAGCAUGUGCAUUCUCCUUCUGCACCGGUUAUAGCAGCUCGGGUUCAGAGUGCAAGGCCAGAGAAUCAGUUGAGAAGCCGGAUAAAUGGGAAUCAUCACAUUCACGGGUUAUCAUCAAAUCCCAAGCAAGGAACAUAUUCCAACAGUGCUGUCUCGGAAGAGAGUAACCCAAACAAGUGGAGUAAGCAAGGGAUGCAGCAGCAGCAGCAGCAAAGGGGGGAUGUCACUAAUAGUAGGCAGCAGCUGUGGAGGCCAAGGUCACAACAAAGUUAGUGGCUCGUAGCAUCAGAGCUUCAUAUACCUAUAUCAAAUUGUUUUGGUGGCCUCUCUUAUAAACGUAUUAGAGAACCCGCCUGGGGUAUUUUGGGCCAAUUGAUGAACGAAUGCACAAAGUUGCUUUCUGCUGCUGCAGCUAACAACAGUUCUGUUACCACUUUUUACUCUCUUUGUUUAGAACUGCGAAGCCAGAGAAUGCAUUUACAUACAAAGUUUUGGGUCUAGUUGGUAGCUGAAGUCGAGAUUUUAUAGCAAAAAUGGAAACAACACUAAACAUCCCAUAAUAUGCUUGAUAGGUAAGGUUUACAUAUGGUUGGUAAAACAGGGAGAAACAGGUUGGGAACAAAACAAAUACAACAGGAGUGUGAAUAAAAGAAUGAAUCGUUCCAAGUUCCAACAGGUAAUUAACUGCAAAUAUACAAGAACAUUAGUUUAAUUUGCCCACAAUUUGGAAAACUAAUCAAUCAAAUGUUGUCCUACACUUCGCCACGAACUUGACGUGUAGCGUUAGAGUUUACAAU